AUGCCUUCCUUCUACAGACAGAGAGAGUCUCUGAGGUCCGGAAGGCCAUCUCGGCAAGGACACGGUCGCGAUUCUACAAGCUAUCACCACGCUGCGGUGGUGGAAGUUGGAGCCAUGGUGCUCCAGAAUAUGUUCAGUGCGCUUUCGUUCCUUCACUACAGAAAGGACGAUGAUUUUGUAGACAGAUUGUCCUACUUUUAUACGUCCUCAUUCCUGAUUAUGAUGGCCGUUCUCGUUAGCUUUAAGCAGUUCGGCGGUCGUCCGCUAGAAUGCUGGGUUCCGGCACAGUUUACUGCUAGCUGGGAAGCCUAUACAGAAAUGUACUGCUGGGCACAAAAUACUUACUGGGUGCCCAUCGAACAGGACAUUCCUGUUGAUAUAGCUGAGCGCGAGUACCGCCAAAUUUCCUACUACCAAUGGGUUCCGUUCUUUCUUCUCAUUCAAGCCUUUCUCUACUAUAUUCCGUGCCUUAUGUGGAGACUUAUGAGUGACAAAUCUGGUAUUCGACUUAACGAUAUCGUCCAGAUGGCUACUGAGAAAGAGAACAUCGAACCCGAUUAUCGGAUUCGUACUAUUGAAUCUUUGUCAAGGCAUAUAGAGUCUGCAUUGAGGUAUCAACACACUGCCACAUCUCGAACGCAGUACACAUUACAUAGAGUAUUUAAAUGCUUCAAUAUGCGCUAUUAUGAAAGCUAUGUGACCGGCAUGUAUCUGGCCACAAAAAUUAUGUAUGUGGGAAACAUCCUCACCAAUCUUGUGCUCGUUAAUAAAUUCCUAGAAACUGACGACUAUUCUAUUUAUGGCCUAGGGGUACUACGAGACCUACUCUUUGGCAGAACAUGGAUGGAAAGCGGGAAUUUUCCGCGAGUCACUCUGUGUGACUUCGAGGUUCGAGUGCUGGGAAACAAUCAGCGACAUUCCGUACAGUGUGUUCUGGUAAUCAACAUCUUCAACGAAAAGAUUUUUAUUUUAAUUUGGUUGUGGUUUACAUUACUGUUCGUCGCCUCCACACUCGAUAUGCUCUAUUGGUUCAGCAUUUCAAUGUUUCACAGAGAUCGUUUCCGUUUCGUGCUACGACAUUUGGAACUCACAUCCGAUCCCGACAAACCAGAGUUGUUUCGGAAGGAAAAACGAAAACAAGUGGAACAUUUCCUUCGAACUUAUCUCAAAGUCGAUGGUGUGCUUGUCUUACGGAUGAUAGCCUUACACGCUGGUGUAAUGUUCUGCACGGAGAUCACGGACGCCUUAUGGAAACGUUACCUCUCUCAGCAUCCUGAGAACUUGAUAGAUGAGGACUCUAGCCUAAUCACUUUUGCGAGAGCUCAAUCCAUUCGACGGAAAAGGCACGACAGUGGAAGUGGCCCCGAAGGGCAAAAUCAUCAACGGCUUGGUCGGAUACUGUCGCACAGAAGCACCGGUGGUAGCUUUCGUCUCAACCGUACAGGAUCGACGAAUCGCUCGCUCAACGAGGGUAAAACGACUCCUCAAUCUCCUAAAGCAACUUCAUCAACCUUUUCUAAGGUCAAACCUCGCCGUGCCGUCGUCACUAUAACCAGUCCAAGUACAGAGGUAACCGAACCGAACGGAGGCGACACUAUCCAGGAGAUCAGCAAGCGGGAAGGCGUGCCGCUUGCUGUCUGA